AUGGAGUCAUAUCGCCAGCAUCGCAAGAUUUGCAAAAAGAUCGAGCAACAAUUUGUUACAAAACAUGAGAAGCCUGAGAAUGUCUGGACCCAUGAGGGUCGCUACUAUUACCGCGAAGGAGAGAUUCAAACGGAACCUCGCGAGCCGGGUGAUGACCCGGGUGCCGAACGAAGGAGGGAACACGGCCACCGCACUUUUAUCACUGGGCCAUCUCUUCAACCUCGCCAUUCCGUUCGAUCGCACAUAGAGCGGGAAGGAGAUGUCGAGGGUGCGGAGUAUGAACCGGAAAUGUCAAGCGACCCGCAUACUAUCAACACAGAAGAGACACUGGGAAACACGCCUGAUCUCAUGGUGACUGGCGUUGAAAGACCCCGGCCAGGUUAUUCGACGGAUAGCGAGUCUGAUAUCGAGUCUGCGAAAAAUAACAAACUCAUUGUCGUCACGUUUGAAGGUGAAACUGACCCGAUGGAUCCUCACAACUGGUCACUCAAACGUCGAGUGUUCACAACUAUUAUCACUUCGUUGACUGCAUGUGUAAUCUUCUGGUCAUCCACGAUCGAUUCCACUGCUCUCCCAACAACCAAGAAAUUGUUUCAUACUACCUUCGAGAUUCAGACUUUGCCGACUGAGGUUGUUGGACGAACCCCUAUAUACAUACCCUCCAUGGUCGCGUUCAUGUUGUUUGACAUGGGAGCAGGGCUUUCCCAAUCAGCACCACAGCGAAUUGUUUGCCGCGGUUUAGCUGGACUUUUCGGGUCUGCCCCGGCAAUUCUAGCAGCAGCAUCUAUCGUGGAUAUCUGGUCACGUAUUGAACGAGUCUACGCCUUCCCGAUCUUUGCGAUAAUCACAUUCACUGGUCCGUUGGUGGGCCCAGUACCAGGAUCAUUUGUUGUCCAUGCUAAAUCGGUAAGCUGGCGUUGGGUGGACUGGAUGACCAUCAUCUUCGCAGGACUUGUCCUGAUCCCAGUUGUGCUGUUCCUGCCGGAGACAUACAGCCCGAUCCUGCUGUACUGGAAAGCGAAAGAGCUCCGCCGCAUGACGGGCGACGACCGGUACCGGUCCCCGCUGGAGUUUAGAAAAGCUACGUUCGCCCAACGCAUGCGUACCUCGCUCUACCGACCAUUUGUACUUUUCGUGACAGAACCAAUCAUCAUGAUCCACUCGCUCUCACUCUCCCUUCUUUUCUUGGUCCUGUACACCUUCAUCGCGGGCUACGUCCUUAUCUAUCAGCAGGCAAGCCACUUUAGCGCAACCUCAACCGCCCUCGCAUUCCUGGGCAUUGAGGUCGGAGUCCUUCUUUCAGCACUGACACUCCCGAUCACAAUGUGGCUCCUCCGUAGGGAGAUUUACCGCAGUCGGGCGAGAGGCGAACAACGCCCAGACCCGGAGAUCAGUCUGUACAUGGCUAUGUUUGGUGCGCCUUGUGUUCCUAUCUCGCUAUUCUGGAUGGCCUGGACGACCAAGCUCGAAAUUUCGUACUGGAGCCCGCUCGUCGCUUCGGUAUUCUUUGGCUUUGGCACGUUGUGUGUUUUCGUUUCGGGGUACCAGUACGUUGCCGACGCAUUCGAGGCACAGGCUGCAAGCGCGCUUUCAUGUCUUCAAGUGACGCGGCUUGUUACUGCCGGUGCUAUGGCUAUUGUUGCUGAACUCAUGUAUCACAGGCUUGGUGUUGCAUGGACGUUGACUCUAAUGGGUUGCCUUUCGUUGUUCUUUGUGCCUGUGCCCUAUUUGCUCUACUGGAAGGGGUAUAAAAUACGUUCAUGGAGUCGGUAUGCGCGGGGGCAUGCGUAUGGCUAA